CUCUUAUCAAGAGAUGGGCACAUCUCAAGUUUGUGCGUGAAUCAAACCCCAUCGUAGCCGUCCAUAUCUUCGGGUACUAAUCACGGGGCGAUUCGACGCCGUUAGAUUCACGCACAAACUCGUGAUCUGUCCUUCUGAAAACAUCUAAUGAUUUCCCCUUUGCUUAUAUAUCGGGCGAAAGUUUUGUAAUCUUGUUUUUGGCGCCAGUUUGGUGAAUUAUCUGUUGGUUUCCCUCUCGAUUGUUUGAGAAAAAAGACGGGAAAUUUUGGGAAAUUAUUUUCAGAUGGCUUCGGGUUCGGAGGAGGGAUCAGGGUUUCCGGCCGACGAUUAUGAGUCGUUGAUAGCGACGACCGAUGUGGAGCUGUUGAAGAGGGCGUGGAGGAACGAGAAGGCUGCUCCCGAGAUUCUCCAUUUUCAAACUGCGCUGGUGCAGAGAUCUAGAGAACAGAUCCAGUUGAUGGAAGAAACUGUGGAGGAAUUUGGAGAAAAUGGUACUGAUCCACUAACUGUAUCACUCUAUCAGAUGGACUUGGAUAGGACUCAGUUUUUGUUGAGAUCAUAUCUUCGAAUUCGUCUUCAGAAGAUUGAGAAAUACAUGUUCCACAUCUUAAAAACUGAUGUUUGGAGUCGGCUUUCUGAGCAAGAGCAAAAGUUUGCCAAAAGGUGUACUGAUGACAUGGAAAGACAUCUUGAACAGUCUGUUCUCUCAAGAUUGCCAGAUGGUUACCAGUCUAUUCUAAAGCAGUCUGUAGCAAGUGAAGAGGAUGACAUGGUUCCGGAGCCACGGUUGGACACCUUUGUCUUCUGCAAAAGCAAAGGAUCUAUCGAAGCUUUCCAGCUUGAUGACAGCAAAGAAGUGGUGGACCUGGUUGCUGAUGAUUUAUACAUUCUUCGCUACAACUCAGUAAAGCCACUCAUAGAAAGUGGUCAAAUUGAUUUGGUGUAAGCCACUCAGCGUCUUUUAGCACAAGACAGAAAUUGUAGUUACAGUGUGCUAUUCGAAAUUCCAUCAUCCAUGCCUUGGGUGUUUGAUUAAACAACCGCAGAUUGUUACCAUAUUGAAUAGGACUGUGUACCUUUUUUUUUAAAAGAGAAUAUAUAUAAAAUUAUCUAUAAACAUCGUGAUUCAGCUGGCCA